GUUGGUUGUAUUAUUUAACUCUAUCCAGUUAAGACCUUUACAUCAUAUGUGCCAUCCUGGCACAGGAUUAUAGUCUUCGGCUGAACCGGUCAGGCAUAUCAUUAGUGACUAAUGCACUGAAUAUCAAAUACUCGAUAUCAACUCUUAAACAACGUGAAGUCCUAUUCUACUCCUUUCUAACACUCUUACAUCUUCAAGCCUUCUUUAACAUAAUGCAUUGGGAUUGUUAAAGAGCUACGUCUAGUGUUGUAUUAUUGUCCCAACUAACUGGAUUACCCUUGUCUCUUUGUAACUCUUCCUAUACUACCUAUCAUGACCGCUCGUUGGUCUAUUGGCCUCGUCCCCCUAACUGUCCUUAUAGUUGCUGUUGCUGUUGGAGUUCGUAACAGCAACUAUGGCGACGUUGGUCAAUGUCGGUCUAUCCCCGGUGAUCCUUCAUGGCCAAGUGAGGAUGAUUGGAACGGAUUGAAUCGGACAGUUCAGGGGAAGCUGAUUGCUAACAUACCUCUUGCGGCUCCUUGUCACCACUCUUCUCUAGAUGGAACUGAUACGUAUGACCAAGAGAAGUGCGAUGCGUUACGCGAUACGUGGUUCUUCCCUGAGACACACCUAGUCUCGCCAUCAUCGCCCAUGGCCUAUCAGUUUACCAACAACAGUUGCAACCCCUUUCUAGACCCAGAUUCUCCGUGCGGCCUUGGAUAUCAUGCCGAAUAUACUAUUAAUGCUACAUCUGCUUCCGAUUUACAAGCUGCUAUUCGCUUUGUUAAGCGCCAUAACAUUCGCCUCGUUAUUCGCAAUACUGGUCAUGAUUAUUUGGGUAAAUCAACAGGAGCAUACGCUCUGGCGGUUUGGACUCGUCACAUGAAAUCUAUGGAGCAUAUCCCCAAAUAUGAAUUCCCACAAUCUGAUUAUCAAGGUCCUGCUUUGAAAAUGGGCGCCGGUAUCGAAAAUAUUGAAGCUUACAAAUUCGCCAGUUCCCAUGGCCUUAUGGUGGUCGGCGGCAAUUGUCCAAACGUUGGUCUGGCUGGAGGCUAUAUACAAGGCGGUGGCAUCUCCAUUUUGUCGUCUAAAUAUGGCCUCGCCGCGGAUCAGGCAUUGUCCUGGGAAGUUGUGACCGCAUCUGGAGACCUCAUUACUGCCAGCCCGGCCGAGAAUACAGAUCUUUUCUGGGCUUUACGCGGCGGUGGUGGAGGCACUUUCGGCAUUGUAGUUUCCGUGACCGUCAAGGCACAUCCGGACACCUUUUUCUCGGCCGCCUAUAUGAACGUCUUCAACGAUGGUAAUAAUACGGAUGCCAUUUACUCUUCGUUAGGAACGUUCUUUCAGUCAUUGCCCAGCCUUGUCGACGCUGGCGCUUGGGUCGUAUGGGUCGCCGCUCCCUUUGGGUUCAUGAUCAUACCGGCAAUGGUCGCAGGCUUACACGCCGCGGAAUUAGACGGGUAUCUUCAACCUACGAGGGAAAAGAUGGAUCAACUUGGGCUUCAGUAUCAAUAUUCUUCCGCCGAUUAUCCUGGUUUUAUCGAAAGUUACAAUUCCAUACCCCCUAUGUGGAACGUGUCGGACUUUACUAUGGGUGGUCGUCUGAUGCCCCGCGAGCUUGUGCAAGACCAGGAUAGCACUGAUGCUUUGGUAAAUGCUGUACGCACUGUAAGCUCACAAGCACUCAUGUCUGGGGUCUCUUUCAAUGUUGCCAAUGCCGUUUCGUCACCCAGCGAUGUUGCUGCCAAUCCUUACUUCCGCAAGACUCUUUUCAGCGCUGUCGUGGGCGCGCCGCUCAACUACACCGACUGGGCAGCGACCAAGGCAGCACAAGAUCAAAUAACAUACAAACUCUUGCCAGAACUAAAGGCUAUUACCCCUAAUGGGGCCGGCUAUCUUAGCGAAGCUGACUUCCAGGAGCCUGACUUCAAAACUACAUUUUACGGUGCUCAUUAUGAGAAGCUUCUAGCUAUCAAGCAGAAGUACGACCCUGAUGACAUCUUCUACGCUAAGACAGCCGUAGGAAGCGAUCGAUGGGAUGAACGGGUAGAUGGGAGGUUGUGUACGAAGCCUAGUAUUUGGGGUUUUGACGUACCUGACUUAAUAAGGCGAUAUGUAUGAAUUAGAAGAGUUUAUCUAGAAUUAUAGAUUCCUGAUUGAGACGUAAA